CAGGGCUCCUGCAGCAAGAACCAUGGCGAGUGGCGGAGUCGGAUCCAAAGAGAAGACCGUAAAGCCUCUAGGCUGGAUAUGGUUCACGGGGAUUGUGUUGGGCAUAGCAGCGUGCCUUCCAUACGUGGUCGAAUUUAUGUGCUCGAAGGCAUACGCGACGCAUCGGCACGGUGUGGUGUUGGUAACGGAUGCUACGUCGCCCGUGGGAAAAGCUACAUGUCUUGCUUUAAUGGAAGAUGGUUAUGCGGUAUACGGCGGAGUACGGAGUGCGUCAGACGAGCGCGUGGUCACAGAGCUCGACUCGAGGAAGCUUCUGCCCGUGGUGCUUGACAUGCAGAACCCGGGCACCGUGGAAGCCGCGGUCGCCAAGGUCAAGUCGGAGCUUCAGGGACGACCGUUUACUGCACUUGUCAAUACCAUAGACGCUGGGGGCGCUAUCAGCCCGAUUGAGAGCCAAGACUUGUCAUCUUUAAAGCGCCUUUUUGAUAUCAACACCUUCGGCACGCUAGCGGUGGUGCAAGCUUUCCUCCCUCUCAUUCGCGAGCAUGGCAGCCGUCUCGUUCUCAUGUCCUCACUCUGUGCUCACCUGACAUCGCCCUUAUUCGGAGGCCUGUGUGCGAGCAAAGCUGCCCUCGAGUCCUUGGCGGACGCCCUCAGAAGAGAGCUCGCCCACUACCGAAUCUCGGUCUCGUCCAUCGAACCGGCCGUGGCUUUCCCAGAGAUGCCCGAGGGAGGGAAGGACACUGGGGCCAAAUCGGCAGCAGCGGUAGAGCUAGACAGUAAAGUCUACGCCCACUUGUUUGCUGACGACAAAGCUCGGGCCCUAGUCUCUCCCAGUGCCAAUGGAGGAGAGGGAAGACGCUCUGGGACAGCUGUGGCGGAAGCUGUCGCGCAGGUCGUGAUUCAUGCAGUGUCAAGCACACACCCGAAGCUCCGUUAUCCUGCCGGAUACAUAGGCCACCUUCCCGCGAGUGUGGCCGCCUUUAUCUCGUGGGGCCUACCAGGGCGCAUGCAAGAUCUGCUCUUGGCAUGAGGAACCUGAGGAGAAGGGGAGGCUCGAGCGAGAGAAACAACGAGGGCGGUUCAGCCGAAUGAGACAGACAGAACAUCCGGGGGAAGAGGGAAUGGGUACACAAGGAGAAGGGAAAACGUGGUGAGGGAAAGGCCAGGUCAGCUUCAGCUUGAAACCACCACUUGCUUGUGCUAUGAGUUGUGUCACGUGUUUCUUUUUGCAUGAAGGAGGUUUUAUACAAACUGUUUAGGCUGAAAAUGAGAGUUUAGCCUAGCGACGGGAAGCAGAAAAUAGAUAACAGAACAAUCAAUGUGACAUCGUCGCCCACGUUGGGAAAAUGUCGGAAAUGCAAGCACUAUGCUUACUGCUUACAAUGAGACGCUUCCUUCCAUAUCGAACUCCUUCUUCUGUCAAUUGCUGCUUGCCUAGAAGCCCUAGAGUGGCAAAAGGCGCGAUUCAAGCCAAAAUGGUCUACCCUCCCCUCUUUACAAUAUGAAAAAUCCUACGUUGGGGCCAAUUUUAGUAAUAAUUGAUCCAUUCUUACUUUUUACAACAGCUUCUGUGUCGACCUUUGCUGCGAUCCUUCUCUGCAAAAGAAGACGUGCGCCAGGCGACCUCAACUAUGUACAAUGAGCACCUUUUCCGAUUUGUAUUUUUUCAUAAUCCUUCAAAGUGGAACGCCCAUGUAAUUAAAAUGAUCGUCGACCUUGAAGGCGAACAAGAAGGAAUUGGAGCAGUAAAAGUCUUCGCCAGUAUCGUCACAAAGCUCAUACUUCGUUUGCUCCUCGUUAUAAAAAACCUCCGUCGGGGCAUGCCAGAAGCCGAGCAGUAUCGGAGGGACAUGAGGAAUAGGGUCCUGGGCAUGCACAACGCGGUAGUAGCUCGUAGGAGCAUCUUGACGUCUAGUUAGGCCGAUGAAGUUCAUGGCGAAGGCUUGAUUGCCCACACGAGGUUGUCCAUAUGUAUAGAGGGCUUCUAUUCGCACGGCACGAUUGCCUUUGAGAUCAGCAACUGCUAGCAUCGCCAGUGCUCCGCCUAACGAGUGUCCAGUGACCCAGAGGCUGGCACGAGGAAAGCGAGCCAGGGCAUAGCUCAAGGGUUCUAAAAAGGCGGGGGCGAGAGCCUGAUAGUCGGCGUAGAAGCCGGUGUGCACUUGGCAACCAGCAUCGGCACAGGGUGUGUAGCCCGUUAAUUCCCCAUUCAAGUUGUUCGCCCAGGCCGCCAGGUCCCCUGCCUGCGUACCAGCAAAGACGAGUAUGAUCUUAUUGAUGUCAGAGUCGUGCACGACCAAGCCAGAUACACCUGUUCCGUUCACUCCGCCGGAAAAACGGAAUGCUUCGGCGUGACUAUGCAGCUGACAAGAGUUGCAGGACCAGUUUCCGCAGCCCUCGAGAGAGCCACAGGAGUAAGCAGCAGCACAAUAUUCUGCCAUGACCUUGGCAACCACCUCAUCGUACGCGGCUAUAGAGCAACUUGGAGUGUCUCCAUGCGUUGCAGUUCUUGGAGGAGGUUGACGAAAUUCCACAGCGCAUCCAGCGGCAAGCAGCGACAGCAGAAGAAAUAGAAAUGACGCAUGGUGAGUGCGGAUGCAGCUUAAUACUCCACGUCGCAUGAUAUUCCGGAAAUCCAGGGAAAGCUGU